GACAGACGCAAUUGAAGAUUUUUCUCUAUUGCAUUUCACUGUACCUGAAUACAAUAUGUUUGGAAGAAAGCUAGGAUUAUUUAACUAUUGUUCAACAAAUUUUCAUCAGGAAUAGGAAAAACAAAUACAAAGUGGAUUGCAGCUCCAGGUGGCACUUUUUGCUGAGUUAGGAUCACACGUUAUCAUUGCCAAACCGUACAGAAGUGUUAUCUGCAGCCGUAUCUGUAUAAAAAGGAAACCCAACCGAGUGUUCCACUAAUUGUUCAGAUAGAUCAUCAUAGAUAUGUUUGGAAACCCAAAUAAAACCAUUGUUAUAUUGAUAAGUUUGUGUUUACAUAUUAUUGCUAAAUGGGAAAAAGAACAUUUAAGCAACUACACAAAUGCAAAAGUGAGCUGUCACAAUAGUGGAGGUCUUAUUAAACAGCAAUUGCUUAAAUUCGGUGGAUUACUCAACAUGACAUGUGAAAUCAACGUUUCGUUAAAGGACUGGGAAUCUGUAUGGGUACAAGGGCAGGCUCAAACUGGACCCUAUAUAGCUCUCUAUACUUGCAUGAGGCUUAGCAACCAGGACGAGCGAGGUUUUGCGAGAAACAUGACAUUUUAUUCCAAUAUCCUUUACGAAUGCAGUGUGUUCUGUGAUCAGAUUUUACACUCGAUUGGAUAUCUUGGGAUUUACAAAAAUUCAUGUUUCUGCUAUUUUUAUUCAUUCAGAUUUCCACAUUCACCGGAAUGUUUAGAAAAUGAUUUCAUGGACAUAAACAAUGGAAUAUUCGUGUUUAGACUGAUUGAAAACAUGCACUUUGAAGUCCAAUCAAAAUCAGUAAAUUUCAACUGUCUUGGGGCUUCGUUUCAGGAAAGUGGAGAAACAACGUACUAUAACACUAAAUGUGCAUCUUCGUUAUAUGGCAUAUGUACACAUCGUGUUGAUAGUGAUCUUAGUAACAAAUGUCUUCCUAGGUUAAAUGAACUUUGUUUCAACAAAGAAAAUAGUACAUUCCUUGAGCAUUACCGAAAUUGUUGGCUUUACAAUGGAACUCUAAUGCCGUUUAUUUCAGGCAUACCAGAAUCUGUAAAGUAUUCCGUAAUGCUUGGCAGUUUUCGAGCUUUCAAAGCUAUUGAAAAUGAUGGCCAAACUAAAGUCAAUGUACCUUUGUCAUGUUUAUCAAUCACACAAGUCAAUGGAACCAUAUAUCUGGAGACAGAAAAUUGUGCUAAUGAGAAUGCAUUUAUAUGUAUGGAUGAUGUUCGAGAAGUAUCUAUCAAAGAAGAUGGUAUAACAACACAAUAUGUGACCAUUUUUGUGCCGAUUACAAUUGCUACCUUUUUUGCUAUUGUGAUAUGGCGGAGGAGCCGAUGUCUGUGUACAGGCCAUGGAUCCUCACAGAAAGAUGCACCGCAUCAACAUGUAAACAAACCUUGUCAAUGUGAGUUUGCAGAAGAAAAGGAAACUAAAUUCUGUUCUCAAGGCAACACUAGAGAACCUAUCUGUAAUAAUGACGGCAUUCAUGAAACUGAGACGAAAAUGGAAGAAGACACUGCACUUAAUGAUGACUUGAAAGAUGCACAAGAAAAAGCAGAUGAACAUGAAAAAAUAUCUCGUCAGCGUGAGUUUGCAGAAGAAGGGAAAACUCAAUUCUGUUCUGAAGGUAACAUUACAGAACCUCUCUUCAAUAAUGACAGCAUUCCAAAAAGUGAGACGAUAAAUGAAGAGGACAAUGCACUUAAAAAUGGAUUGUUGGAACUAUUUAAAACAAAUGUGAUACAAAGGUUGAUGAAAAAAGGGAAACAUCAAUAAAUAAUAUGAUAUUGUGUGUGACAGUAAGUCAAAUCGCAAGUGUUUGUCUCUGAAGGAGCGUGACUAGUGUAUAAAAUAUUAGAAAUUGGUCGUAGUGCAGAAAGUGUUUUUUAAGACGAUAAGUUAGUUCCUUAUUCCUUAUUCCUUUUUCGAAUAAGGAACAGGGAACUUGUUCCUUAUUCCUUAUUCAAAAUAAACAAUUGUAUAUAUGCAUGAACUCACGUUUUUGUUAUGUGUUUCGUAUUUUCAUAACAAUUAAACAAAUUUGUGAAUAAAAAAAUGCACGAAAAUAGAAAAAAAUCGAAUAAAAAAUAAGGAACUAGUUCCCUAUUCCUUAUUCAAACUCAAAGAAGGAACAGAAACGGUGAAUUUUCAACUUUUUAAUUAAGACAUUUUUGAUCAAAUAACUAUGCUGAGCUGAUCUACAUUAAACGUUUAAAGAAAUGCAUUGUCUAUUCAAGAGAGUUUUAGUUCUUAAAGUGUUUUUAAAACGUACCAAACUCCGAAUAAGGAACAGAAAUCCUAAAAACGUCAAAUAAUAUUAACUUACUCGUUUUAUCACUUUCGACAAAAUAACUAUGCAGAAGAUGUCUAUAUAAACAGUUUAAAGAAAUGUAUUGUGUAUUCAAGAGAGUUUUAGCGCUUAAAGUGCUUUAAAAACGUUCCAAAGUCCGAAUAAGGAAAGGAAUUUACAAAAAAAUACUCAAUUUGAAAGUGCUUAAUUUGCUCAUUGUAUGAUGAAAUAUGAACUGAACAUCGAUCGUAUCAAAUAUUUUGAAUAAAUGCGUUGACUUAUUCAAAGGGAUGGAGCGUUUCAAGUACUUUAUAACGAGCAAUAGGUUGAAUAAGGAAUAAGGAACUAGUUCGAUAUUCCUUAUUCAAAUUCGAUUAAGGAACAGAAAUGUUUAAUUUUCAACAUUUUUUCAUUAAGACAUUUUUUGAUCUAAUAACUAUGCAGAAGUGGUCUACAUAAAAAGUUUACAGAAAUGCAUUGUCUAUUCAAGAUAUUUUUUGUUCUUAAAUUUCAAGAGUUCUAUAGGAAUUGAUUUCAAAAUCUACUAUUCUUUUGCACCAAUGAAGUUAUUGAAUCCACUAUGUUUGAAUGUAUGUAUAUUUGAUAAUUGCUAUUUUUUGAAAAGUUCGCAAUAACCUUUAUAACCAUCUCUACUGAUAUAAAUCUUGUUUGUUUACGUGUUUCUAGUAUAAAAAUCACGAAUGUGCCUGCUUUCUACCACUAAGAUUACCAUAUAUGUGUUAAGAGAUUGCCAAUAAAUG